GCCGAAAAAAGGGAGCACCUGGCAAAAAGAAACAAGUGCCAUCUGAUAAUGAAGAACAGGUGCCUGUAUCUAUGGAGAGCAUGGGUCAUCCUGAAAUUUUUCCUUUAGUAUUAACUACCAAGACUCAGGAAAUAUUUAACUGCCGAGUAAAUGAAGAUUUCACAGGUGAACAACCUUAUAAACUUCUCAAAAAAGAAGAUAUUAUUGAGGACUUGCACAACAGAGCUGCAGUAUCUGAUUUCUACCCAGUCAAAAAAAUUGUCCAGGAAUAUCCUGGAAGUGAGCUUCUGCUUGUUUAUGACAAAGACUUCAAAUAUGGACUUAACUUUUAUCUUAUUGGAACUGAAGAGGGCAAGGAAAGCUAUUUAAAUGCCUCAGAAGCACCAGAAGAACCUGAAGAACAUAAAGAGCAUGUUAUUGAAGACAUAUAUGUUUAUAAACCCCCUGUCUCUAAACCAUGGGUUUCUUUGGGCAGUGAAAAAGAAAUUGAGGAACAAUCAGUUAAAGAAUCUACAAAGCAGAUUACAUAUAUGAUAUCUCGGAAACGAAGUGCAUUUGGAGCACCCAUUAAGUUCAGUGACCAUAAUGCUUCCAGUAUAAAAGAUGCCUAUAUUGAAUGUACAGCCUACCCAGAUAAAAACUUUACCGUUAAACAACUUGAGAAAGAUGUUGGCAUGCAAGUUGUCCCCAAAGUCAAUGACAUAAGUACUCAGACAAAAUGGACAUAUCCCAAAAAUGCUAGUACACAAUAUUAUCCAAGAGAAUUCUCAGAAGAGGAAAAAGAGACACUCGGACAAUCCAAAUCUUUGACUGAUUUUCUUAACAACAUGUCUGUAAGUGUUGAAAUAGCCCUGCAACAAAAUGAAAUCAUGAACGCAUUUAUUGAUGACUGGAAAUGCCUGGCAGAAGAAGAAGGCACCUUUGGGGACAAGACUGAUACCCACCUGAAAGAGUACCAGUCCUUUACUGACCUUCAUAAUCUAACAGAGAAAACUAUUACUUGCGUCUCAUGGCAUCCAACUAUCAACGGGCUAAUAGCUGUGUCGGUGGCCGUGCGGCUUACCUUUGAAGACAGAGUCCACUCUUCUGGCAAAUUGUUGUUGCAACCAUCGCUAAUACUUUUCUGGAGUUUCUCUGAUCCCAUCCAUCCUCAGUUAAUGCUGGAGAGCCCAGAUGACAUCUUCUGCUUCGAGUUCUGUCCCAGUGACCCUAAUAUCAUUGCUGGAGGCUGUAUAAAUGGACAGAUCGUCUUGUGGGAUAUAACAGCCCAUGCAGAUCGCAUAGAAAACAUUAAGACAGGUGUUAGUAGAAGUAAAAAAGCUACACUCAAGCCCAUGUUUCUCCUUGAACCAGAGAGUAAUAAAGAAGCAAUGUAUAUCAGACACUGUGCUGUCUCUUCAAUAGAAAAUGGCCAUAAGAAAGUAAUUACAGAUAUACAUUGGCUGUCUGACACAUUUGAAAUUAACAGGAUGGGUUCUGUCUUUGAGAAUCGAAGUGAAAUAUGCUGCCAACUUGUGACAUGUUCAGCAGAUUGCACAAUAUGUUUUUGGGAUAUCAGACCACAGAAAAUUUUAACUCCCCAGCCAACAGAGAAAAAGAAAGAAGAAAGCAUUGAAAUUCCUUAUGAUAUACCAUCUACUUUUUUGCAUCUAGAUCUCUCCUGGAAACCUCUCACUAAGAUAAGGCUGUCUAAGGGUGAAACAAGUUUAGAACACUGCCCAACCAAGAUAAGCCUGAGUGAAGAACAUCUCCUUUACAAAUCGCAAGAGAAAGUGUUAGUCCAGGGCAAAGCAACGAAGGUAGGAGAAAUAAACCCAUACCAGAAUCUGGAAGCUGGGCUGGCCAAUCCUCUUAAGCCAAUAGAAGACUUCUCCACAAAGUUCUUCACGGGAACAGAGGAAGGUGAAGUGAUAUACACAGACUGGAAAAUGGAAAGAGACCCUGACACUGGACGAUUGAUGGCAAAGAAGCCAGUUAACCUCUACACUGUCCAUGAUGGAGCUGUCCACACUAUUCAGAGGUCACCUUUUUACAAGGACAUUAUCCUGACCAUUGGGGGAUGGAAUGUGGCUAUCUGGAAGGAAGACGUUGUGAUUGGACCCCUACUUCAGUCAUGCUGUGCACCAAAAAGGUACACCUCAGGGCACUGGUCCCUGACAAGGCCUGGGGUUUUCUAUGUUGGUCGAGAAGAUGGAUACAUUGAUAUCUGGGACCUUCUGGAAAAAACGCACGAACCAGCCCAGUCACAAAACAUCUGCGUAACAAUGAUCACCUACAUCAAACCCUGGACCCUUUCUGCUAGGCAGCAAUUUAUAGCCAUAGCUGAUUAUUACGGAACGCUGCAUAUAUUAGAAAUUCCUUGGACAUUAAGUCACCCUUCUACCAAUGAGAUAGCAAGUGUUAACUACUACUUUGAAAGAGAAGUCAAGCAUCUGGAAUACGUGGAGCAGCGCAAAAAAAUUCGUGAGCAAGAAAAGCAAGAAAUGGAUCUGGAAACUGAGAAGAAAAAAGCUAAAACCUAUCACAAGUCAAAAGAACAAUUGGAGGCUGAACUGAAAAUGGACUACGACAAUUAUCUGGAACUGGAAAAGACCAUCCUCAUCAACCUCGGACUAAUCAAAGUCUCAGAGAAGGACAUCCUGUAGAAAAUCGGACUAAUCAAAGUCUCAGAGAAGGACAUCCUGUAGAAAACCUUUCUGAAAGGGUGUUUGGGGGACUGUAUGGGACUCCACCCCUCUUAUCAUUACUUUUUUACGGAACUAGCAAACUAAACAUAACUAGAUUUAUGUAUAAACGUAGGCCUUUAUUUUAUUGAUAUUGAAAUUUUUGAAUUUUAACAAUAAGGUCUGUUUCCAUUUUUGUACUAGGCUAUUAUUAGGCUGAAUAUGAAAAAAUUUUAUAAUGACAUUUUCAUUUUCCUAAAGUAAUACAGAGCUUCGUACAUCCCCUCUAACUCCCACCCCUGCUAUCCAUUCAGAGGCCCU